CUUAUACUUUGGAAGAGUUCCUAAUUUAGAAACCUUGUAUGUCGAACUGAUACUCUCAUCACUUGUCACUGCAAUCGACCAUGAAGCUCGUUGGCAAGUACAUCGAUAAAAGAAACGGAUCAGGAUAUGUCACCCUCCGUCCCGAAGACAACGAGGACAUAUGGCACCUCUAUAACCUCAUCCAACAGGAUAAUCUAGUUAAGGCUCCUGCAGUUCGCCGUGUACAGAACGUAUCUGCGACAGGAUCUACGGAAUCUCAUCGCGUUAAGCUUAACCUCAAGAUUCAGGUGUCAAAGGUGGAGUAUUCGUCAUCCGGUGGUGCACAGUCAUCUUCUUCCGAUCAAGCAAACCAAGGAUCCAGCUCAACUCCGAGUAUGCAAUCCACCGCCGUCCUUCAUAUAUCCGGCAAAGUAGUAUCCGAAAAUCAGUAUGUAAGACUUGGCGCGUUUCACACCCUAGACAUUGAGGUCAAUCGAGACAUCCGAGUCGAGAAGUCGGAGGGCUGGGACAGUAUUGCUCUCGCCCGCGUCGAAGAAUCUUGCAUCCCCGGGCGGGGUGCAGAAGUCGGUGCAGUCGUGUGCGGGGAAGGCAGCGCGGCAUUCUGCUUGCUAUCACAGCAUCUGACACUGGUUACCCAUCGAAUAUCCACAUCCAUACCGCGCAAGGCGUCUGCUCCUGGCUCGUCGCAGUACGAGAAAGCGAUGACGAAGUUCUAUUCUAUGGUGUACGAUGCUUUUGUGCGGCAUAUUCCUUUUGGAAACCCGAGCCUCCGGGCAAUCGUCUUUGCUAGCCCGGGGUGGGUAAGGGAAUCUGUUUAUACGUGGAUGACCAACGAAGCUAGUCGAAGAGGAGAUAAGCUUUUGGCCAAAUCUCUGCGGGAGAAGACUGUCAAGGUUCAUGUCAGCAGUCCUCACGUUCACAGCCUUAUCGAAGUCUUGAAAAGCCCGGAGAUCGUUGCUCAGCUAAAGGAGACGAAGUUUGCUCGCGAAGGAAUUGUUCUGGACAAGUUUUUCAAGAUGCUAGCGUCAGACGAAAUGCGCGCUUGGUACGGCCCUGAUCAUGUCUGUCUAGCAGCAGAUCGGGGAGCCAUUGGUACACUUUUAAUUUCCGACGAACUUUUCCGGUCCAGCGACCCAAAGACAAGAAAGAAAUUCGUGUCACUGGUGGAAAACGUGCAACACAAAGGUGGAGAAGUGCAAAUCUUUUCUAGUAUGCAUGAAUCAGGACAACAACUCAACCAGCUAACGGGCAUUGCUGCCAUCCUCACUUUCCCUCUGGAUGUAGAAGUCGUAGAGGCGGAGGAAAGGGAGGCAGCCGAGGAAGCGGAGAAGAAUAAAGAAGAGGGAGGAGAGGUAAAACUCAGGUAACAUGGUGUAAGCGCUUGAGCCCUCGCUAGCGAUCUCUUCGGACGCUUGUUAUUAGUCGUUGACAGAGGAUUACAGGGUUUACUAAGA